AUGGAGCUGAGCUUCAGGAUGGGAAACCUAAGGCUACAUAAGCAGAAUUUCAACAAAAUGCCCACUGCCAUAGCUUUAUUGCGCUAGGACUGUUUUUGUUUGAAUUCCUGUAUGGUACCCUUCAUGAGCACUGGUGACCUGGCUAAUGUUUUCAUGCUACAUAUACCGUAGCUUGAAGAAAGGCGGGAAGUGAACACACCUAAUAAUAAACUGCUAUAGCUGUGGUGGUUCUUUAUAGCUAAAACAAACCCAGCGGGAGCUUUUCUCAUUGCUGCACCUCAGGAAUUUCCGCUUUGCACAAGGCUCCUAAAGAGGGUGAGGGAAACACAUCCUUGUAUCACUGCUUCAAAGUACAUACUGCCGCGACCAGAACCUUUAACCACGCCUCGCUUUUACUUUUAAUUUUUUCUGCCUCGCCGCCCCUGAAUCUCUGCUGCUCCAGCCUCGCGCCUGGCUCGACAGGACUGUGGCCGGCGCCGCGGGAGAGCCCAGAGGACCGGAAGUGAUCAUUGGUUUCCGGGGGCCGCUCUGGGCGCGCUACUCUAUGGCUGCGCAGCCCGUUGCGCUCCGGCUUCGACGGGGAUCUUGCCCUUCGCGGACCCAGCCGAGGCCUUCCGCUUCCCUUUUGGAGGCCGGUGGCGAGCGACGUGCGGUGGGGGGAGGGCCGCGGCAGGCGAGAGGCAGGAGGACGGCGCCCGGAGCGCAUCCGCUGAGCUGGCCUGGCCUUUCCUCCCCGCCCUUUUCUCCUCCGGCUGUAGGCGGGCUGCUCGCCGCCGCCUCUGCGAGUCUUUGGGCGGGGGCGAGGCCGCCGCCGCCUCCGGUCCCCGAACUUGCGCCUCCCUAGCGCCCGCCUCUCCCGGGCUCAGAGUCGCGCGGGCCUGUCUCGGUGUGUCCCAUGGACAGGCACAAAGUGAAGCGCCAGAGGCUCGACCGCAUUUGCGAAGGUAACGCCCUGGGCGGAGGGCGGGAGGCGUUCGCUGGGCGGCGGCGGGGAAGGGGAAGGGGCCUGGCCCCGGAGCGAGCGAGCGAGCGCCUUCCUUUCUGCCAAGCGGCGGAGGAUCUCGUCGCCCUUCCGCCGCAGUGACAGGCGACUUCAGGCGGAGGGUUUAUUCGCGCUCCCCACGCCCCUUUCUAUUAUUGGGGUCUUGGACGUGGGGGCCCUUUCGCCAUUCAAAGCUUAGAUCCUGGUAGCCUUGCCAGAUCCGUCCAGAUACUGAAGGUGUACACGAGCAGGAUUAGCCCAAGUGCAAAUGCCUCCCUGCACUUUAGGGAGCCAUGAGCAAGGCAGCCACAUCCCGUUUCCGGUCUUGCUACACAUUCAGGUGGCUACACAUGCUCCCGCCUCAAUAAAUCUUAACGGUGUUCUGAUCAGGUAGCCCAACAGUAUUAUCCCUGUAUUGUAGAUGGGAGAAAGAGCCAAGGCCAAGAGAACGGGGGCUUUCCUUUUCUGGUCAUGAACUCUUAACAAGUUCGGGACCAGAAACCGAAAGGGCUCUUAAUAAAGUACUGCUGUUUUUAUUAUCUGCAUUUUAAUAGAUUUGUUUCUUAUAAUGUUUUAAUCCUAUUAGAGCUUAAUUGCUUUUUAACAAUUGCCCUUUAUAUGUUUUUAGCAUUUUAUAGUUUAUCUGUGUUAAUUUACAUAAGCCACUUUGAGUUCCUGUCUGGGAAAAAGAUGGGAUACUACUACCACUACUACUAAUAGCAGUUCUACUCCCAUGGUGUGCUAGACUAGGAGUAAAGUGGAUUCAAAUUUGUGGGAGAAAUGGAACUAAAAGGUGACAUAGUGUAUCUUGAAUUUUCAGACAAAGUAAUUCCAUAAAAGCAGGGUGUGGAAACAGCUGUCUAAUGUUUCAAAGUGGAGCAGAAGAGAUUGACAGCUUUUAUCUUGGCAGAAUCUGGCAAAAGCUGUGCUGUGGUGGUAGGUCAUUAGAAGCUCUGGCAGCUGGGUUGUGCCUGAUGGGAGAGUCCAAGUAAACCUCUCCCAAGUAAACCAUUGAUGCUUCUGACAGGUGCUUCCUGAGUCUUCUCGCAUUGUGUGGGAAAUUGGGGGGCUAGUCUAACUGAAAAGUACAGAACAUUGUAUUGGAGCUGGAUUAGGUUAGUUGAAGUGAAGUCUCAUUUAUUCAAUGGGACUUAAGUUAGACUAAGUCUGGAAUCACUCUAUUAUUCACAGCCCCCUUUUAAGACUCUUUGUCAUUGCCCCUUUUUUCUUAAUUGGAGUACUGUUAAUGUGGUCUCUGGAGCCACCGCCCACUUCUCCAGACUUCCAUAUAAAUUUUCAGCUUGUCUGCUUGCCAAAGUAACCCAGUCUGAUCUAAGUAGUGAGGCUGGAAGGUAUUGUUCUUUCCCUGAGUCAAGAGGCCAUCUGCAAGACUGUUCUAAAGUUAGAAAAGAGAGUAAGGAACUUCAUCUGUUCCGCAGCAGAUGUGUGGUUACUUGAAAGUAAAGAGAAUUGCGAAGAAACGGGUUGUGUUGCUGGCUCAGCUGUUAUUUGACAUUAUGCUUUCUUAAUUCUUAUGCAGUGGUUGCCUCAUCUUGUGACUAAUUCCUUUAAUUGCCUGACAAUGGUUUCUUAUCAGGAUGCUUUAAUGUGUGAGCUGGACCAUUCUUAGGUGACACUAUGUGUAUAAUGCCCCGUGGCCUAACACUAUUGCACAAAUAAUCCUGUAUCUGUGUAGCAUCCUAAAGAGACAUGGGAAGAUGCUGAUGCAAGUGCAAAUGUCUCCUUUGUUCCUCCUUUCCUGAUUAUAUUGUGAUUUAUCAAAGCAGCGUGCUUAGCUCUUCACUCACUCCUUCAUUAUCUUAGAUUUUUACUGACUAGACUCAGGCAUCAACUGUGCUGUCUCCAUACUCUGGACACACACAUAUACACACAAUGUCUUAACUAGGGAGGGUGGGUCCAGUUUUUCAAAAGGUUUUUGGAUUCACCCUCACAACAUAUUGUCAGUUCCCUUCCCUUCAACUAGUUGCAUGCAUGGUUGAAGUUUGAUCUCGGUUAGAUAAACUGUCCUUGCUUUGUACUGCAGCAUGAUUCUGUGCAUGGUGUUUGGCAAUGUCUCUCUAUUGAAUUUACUCCUUUGUAAGGCUUGAUUAUCAUUAUCCCUGUGAAUAGCAAGAUGAGCCUGAGGCUUCCUCUGUUCACCAGAACAAGCAGAUACACUUUUCUAUCUCUGGACUGGAAGCUUAGCCACAGCUUGUGCCAUCCUAACAGACAAACUGUGGUUAACUAUGGUUUGUUUCAGACUAAACUUUGAAACCAUGGUUUUAGGUUUGCAUGUUUCAAACAACUGCAUGCUUCCUGAAAUGAGCACAAAAUACAAAGCGUCAUUUUUGUGGGUUGUCAUCACUUUGUAUAGGUUACCUAGAGACACUGCUUCUGUUCAAGAAAAGCUGUUUGCCUUUUCUCCACACUCCUCUCAGAUUGCUUUUAGACCUAUUUCCUUCAAAGUAACUUGUGAAAAAUAGAGCUCUUCUAAUUUUAUUUUUUCUACAGAUAACUCCCAAAUUGCAUACUUUUGUGAACGAGUUAUCAGUAUCUAUUAUAUGAUAAUUGACUUUAUAAAAGGUCUGUGAAUAGCCAAACUUCAGAACUGGUUACAUAGUUUGCAAGUAUCUCCGGGCACUGUCGCAUGCAUCAUGAAUUCAGGCAAUGUUUGCAUGCUGGUAUGACACAAGUGAUUCAUGGGAGCCUUUGCAUGUAAGAAAAGCAACACAGAAAGCUGCCUGUGCCAGAUCAGACCACUGGCAUACUAGCUUUAUAAUGUCUACAGUGGUUGGCAGCAGCUCUCUAGGGUUUUAGACAGGUGUGUUUUUCAGUUCUGGAAAUAUUUGGGAUUGAGUCUGUGACCUUCUGCAUGCAAAGCAUGUGCUUUAGCACUGAGCUAUGACUCUUCUCUGAUUCCUCCCAACCCCUACAUUUGUUUUCACUACGAAUUCUUGGUGAUGUUUGCUUAGGACUGACAUAAGAAUCUUGUCAUGCUCACAUUUGCAGCUCAUUAAGAUGCUUUUUCCCUGUAGGUAUAAGGCCUCCUAUUGGUAAUGGCCCAAUGCAAGGCCGUCCGCUGGUUGCCCUCCUGGAUGGCAGAGAUUGCACUGUAGAGAUGCCCAUCCUGAAGGAUGUUGCCACAGUGGCUUUCUGUGAUGCACAGUCAACUCAGGAAAUCCAUGAAAAGGUAAACACACUUAAACAAGAAUAUCUUUCAUUUUGUUAUUGCUUUGAUAACUAGCUACUAUUUGUAGUUGCUUCCAACCCCCUCCCCCCAAAUUCUGCAGAAGCCCAAUGAAUUUGCAAAGAAUUUAGCAGAGAAUUUGUGGGAGGGUGAUGCAUUUUCUUAGACUUCACACUGAGCUUGUGCAGAAGCCACACUCUAUGGCUUGCUGUUUCUGUCUACUGCAGAACGCCAUGGGGGAGGGAGAGAAACAACUCCUCCCUUGAAUUCACUGUGAGAACUCAAGACAAAUUGAGGGAAAGUGAGUGGUUUCUCUUCUUCUGUAAAAGCACUGAGAUGCUGCUUGUGCCUUCUGCAAAAACCACUGCUUGACAGAACUUAGGGGAAAGGAUCCUUAUGCUGGGUGUGUGGGGUGGGGCAGGGAGGGGCAUUGCUGCUGGCAAUCAAGUAAGUGGGUUUGCAGAAUCCUGAUCUGACUAGUUCUAAUGCUGUGGAGCAAGCAUUAUUCUGUUGUUCUGUCUUCCCAUAGGUGCUAAAUGAAGCUGUUGGGGCUCUGAUGUACCACACCAUUACCUUGUCGCGCCAGGACCUGGAGAAGUUCAAAGCUCUCCGGGUCAUUGUGCGAAUUGGCAGUGGCUAUGACAAUGUGGAUAUCAAGUCAGCUGCAGAAUUAGGUAUGGUGAUCCCAGUGCAAUAUUUUCUAAAAAAUAAAUGAAUACAUAGAGUGAAAACAUGUGCACUGCCUCUUUGUGUUCAGUUUACUGGGUCUAAAUUGGGGGCUAGCCAAAAUCAAAACUCCUAAGAAGCGAUGAAGUGCUCACUAUUGCAGAGAGAGAGAAAUUUGCAAAGCGUGCCACUGUUUUAUUUUAAUACAAUUGCUCUCCCCUAUAAGUUAGGCCUAUUAUGGAUUAGAACUAUUUUAGGAAUUUUAUAAAAUGUAAGCUGUUAAAUAGCUACUUGUUGCAUGUAGUGGCAGACCUAUGAGGACAUGCACUAACAACAUAGUACUUGUGUUUGCUUUGAGCAACAGUUUUUGCAGGCUGCUAAUGUUCUGGUUGCUAUGUUGGCUAAGGCUGUAAUUUUCUAAUUUUCUGGUCCUAAGCCGAUUUAUGUGGAGAUAAUUUACUUAUUUCAGUGGGCCUUUUUUUCACACAAGGAUGCUUUGGUUCAAGAUGUAAACCAUUUUAAUAAGUAAACUUCUUCUUUCUUUGGCAAUCACUCGUAGCCAAGUAAGAUUGUCUUCCAUGAACACGGUCUUAACAGUGAGUCCAUAAGUGACUGUGGAGGCCAAUUCUGGAUCCACACAUCCUUUCACAGUGAGGACAUAGGUUUCUGGAUGGGAGUUGAUCACGGUGAGAGUUUGCCAAAUGUGCCUUCCUCUUAGCACGUUUAUCCCUUUCGUCCUGAGUUCAAGCGUCUUCAAAGUCCAUGACACCUAAUUACCGUAUUUUUCGCCCUAUAGGACGCACCGUCCCAUAAGGCGCACCUAGUUUUUUGGGGGGGAAAUAAAGGGAUUUUUUUUUUAUUUCCCCCCCCCCAGGUGCUGGGCUGGGGCGGGGGAAGCCCGAGCUUCCCCUGACCCCAGCCCCCAGAACAAGCAACUCUCCGCAAGCCGUGGGAGCCCGGCGCCGGGCUCCCGCGCCUUGCGGAGAGCCGCGCAAAGUCUGGCCGCGCUGAGCUCAGCGCGCCCAGCCUUCAGCAUGCAGGCAACUCUCCGCAAGCCGCGGGAGCCCAGCGCUGGGCUCCCGCGCCUUGCGGAGAUCUGCGCGAAGCCUGGAGAGCUAGAGGGGUCGGUGCACACUGACCCCUCUCACUCUCCAGGCUUCAGCGAAUGCCUGCAUUCGCCCCAUAGGACGCACACACAUUUCUCCUUCCUUUUUGGAGGGGAAAAAGUGCAUCCUAUGGGGCAAAAAAUACGGUACUAAUUAAGCAAACACAAUACAAAAGUAUAGCAUAGUUUGCAAAUUAAACUCUAGGUAUACGUCUAGCUUAAAAGCAGCAAGUGUUCUGCUACUGAUCUCAACACCUGUGUGAGAGCCAUCUAAUGGAGUUCCUAUAGAUUCUGCAGUCCUAGCCUUAAAUUAUUGUCAUACUGAAUAACCUAAAUUCUCUUGAGUUUUGGUGGUGGUCUGCCUGUAUAGUCUUCUUGAAGUGUUGAAAUUUAAUGCCAAACUGAGUAUUGUUGCGCUUUUAGACUAUAGCAUCUCCUGAGCUAUGAUUUCCACAAGGACAAGUAUUUUCAAGAAAAAAAUUACCGUAUUUUUCCAUCUAUAAGACUCCCCCAUGUAUAAGAUGGCCCCUAUUUUGGGGGACUCCAGUUUAAGAAAAUGGGGGGUAUCUGUGUAUAAGACGCCCCCAAAUUUUUGAGAUUAUUUUUUAGGAAAAAAACCUAGUCUUAUACACGGAAAAAUGUGGUAUAUAAUCGAGUCCCUUGUGGAUAGAUCAUAGCUAAAUAGUAAGUGACAUGUGUUGUGAAUAGGAGGUUCUCUCAGGUUUAGUCACUGAUAUAUACCGUUUAAUAUCUUUUAGGUAGCAGGGCUGGGGAGAACCUCUGCCUCAGAAGUUGGACAGCUAAUAUCAGAUAAAAACAGGACUAAAUUAGAUAGCCUACUUACCUGAUUUGGUGCAAUGCAGCUUCUUCUCUCCUUCAUCCAACUGCCUGAUUGUGACAGAGAGUUUUCCUGUCCCCAAAAUUAUCAUGGUGUUGAUAGUGGGAACAGGAUUUUGCUGUAUGUUAAAAUGUUGGACAAUGUGCUCGUGUCAGUAUCAAAUAUAUUGCCUUGUUUGUAGCUCUGGAGUGUUGGGGAAUCCCUUCUUUUCUUCAUCUGUAUUGAGAUUGUUUGGGAAUUGUACUAGCCUCUUCUUCCUAUUUCCUCAGGCAUUGCAGUGUGCAACGUCCCUUCUUCUUCUGUGGAAGAGACAGCUGAUUCUACCCUUUGCCACAUUCUAAACCUUUAUCGUCGGGUUACUUGGCUCCACCAGGCCAUGCGAGAAGGAAACAGAGCCUCAAGUAUGGAGCAGAUCAGAGAGGUGGCUGGAGGUGCUGUGCGUAUCCGUGGGGAGACAUUGGGCAUCAUUGGCCUUGGUAAGAAAUUGGCUGCUCCUAGAGAUACAGACAUAGUUUAGACCAAACUGUUCAGAGUUAUAUGAUCAGACAUUCAUUUAUUCAUUUGUAUACUGCCUUUCCACAAAAAAUAAUGCUCCAAAUGGCUUGCAACAAGGAAAACAGGAAUGCAUUUCAAAAGCAAAGAGUGCAAAAACUAUUUCAUAAUAACAUAGCAAAACAAUACAGUAGCAAAUAUAAUAAUCUGAUCAUCAUCAUCUUUGUGUGCCUCCUCUAUGAGAGGGUGGCAACCCAAGAAUGGACCUUUUUUGCAGUGGCUCCUCUGUUGUGGAAUUCUUUCCCCAGGGAAGCUUGCCUGGUGACUUCAUUACAUAUCUUCAGGCGCCAGGUGAAAAUGUUUCUCUAUAACUAGGCCUUAUGGCCUUUAAAUGUUUUUGUGGGAGGCAUGGCAUUAUUAUGUAUUUUGUGUUCUCAUUUUGUAGUAUUCUCGGUAGUGGUGCCCUCCCUGUGGAACGCCCUCCCUUCAGAUGUCAAGGAGAUAAAGAAUUACGUAACUUUUAGAAAACAUCUGAAAGUGGCCCUGUAUUGGGAGGUUUUUAUUGCUUUGAUAUUUUUAUUAUGUUUUUAGAUAUGCUGUAAGCCGCCCAGAUGGGCGGGGUAUAAAAAAUAAAAUAUAAUUAUUAAUAAUGUUGUCAACCACCCUGUGAUCUGGAUGAAGGGCAGUAUACAAAUUUAAUAAAUAAUAGCAACAGCUAAUAAACUUUUCAGUACUAGUAAUAUAUCCAGAUUACAUAAACAACAUCAAGCAUCCAAUAGCAAAAAUAACAAGGGAGCUUUACAGUUUCACCUUGGUCCUAGAGUCAUCCCUCCCAUGAUGUUGCUCACAGUCCCUCUCCUGUAGUGAAGGAGCCUUGCAGUGUGGCAGCUCUCUCCCUCUUUUCAUAGCUUGAGGCAAACCAUUGCUAUGGUUUGUGCUUCUACUGCAAACCAGGAUCGGAGAGGCAAAAGACAGGAGUGAGGUGAGGAGGGAAUGUCUAAGCCCAAAACAUCCUUGACUGCUUCUUUACAUAUGUCCUCUUCGGGCCUUGGGGUGGGUCUUCUCACAAGGCCCUAGGACUCUCCAGGGUGCUCCCCGUUUAUACGUGUUUCACUGACAUGCAUGGAAGUCUGGAACAUAACCCCUGUGUAAAUGGGGAGUUACCUGUAUGGAAAAUUUACUAGAUGUGGAGAGACUUACCUAAUCGUUAAAUUGAAAGUUUGCAGAAAUGGGUGUCACAUGUUGAAUGACGCUCCUGCUCGUUCACCCUUUCUGCCUUGUUGGUUGUGUAGUUCAACUUUGUUGCUCCUAGUGCAAAUGGGAGGUUCCCACUGAUAGAUUUGGGGUGGUAUUGGUAUCUGCCUUAUAUUUAGUUAGGCCAGUAGUUCAUCUGGUAGAGUAGCCCUCCCCAAUUUGGGGCUGUCCAAGUGUUUUGGCCUAUAACUCCCAACAUUCGUGACUAUUAUCCAUGCUGGCUGGGGCUGGUGGGAAUUGCAGUCCGAAACAUGGAAGGCUCCAAGUUAGGGAAGACUAGUAUUGUGAACAAUCAGGUAAAAUUGAAGCUUCAGUUGCUUUCUGCAGGUCUUAUUCGGAAUCUCUCAGCAGCACUUGCAAAGAACCUCAACUAGUCCAUUGAUCACAGCUGUUGCAUAUAUGUGGGGUCUGUUUCCUUGGGGAGAAUACACAGAAGACCUCAGCGCCCACCACCAGUCUUCCCUCCCCUUCUCCCUAGCCCUAAAAAAAGAGUAUAGUGUUUCUUAGGUCAUUCCAAGUCUCCUCCCAAUGACUUAGCUCUUUGGGAAGAAUGUGUUGUGCUGUUAUUCAGGUGAAUAUGUGUUCAUUUUUUUCAAGGUCGAGUUGGGCAAGCAGUUGCUCUGCGAGCAAAACCCUUUGGCUUCAAUGUGAUUUUCUACGAUCCAUAUCUGCCUCAUGGAGUGGAGCGUUCCCUGGGGUUACAGCGAAUGAGCACCCUGCAGGAUCUGCUCAUGCACAGUGACUGCAUCACAUUGCACUGCAGCCUCAACGAACAUAAUCAUCACCUCAUCAAUGACUUUGCCAUUAAACAGGUGCAACAUUGCAUUGUGCUAGGAGUAUAAGUUGCUGCUGUAGGGUGGUUUCAUGAAAGCUAGAAAUGUGUGGAUCUGGUGCUUGCAUUUCUGCUGAGUGUGGCUUCUUUUGUUGUGAAUAGAUUGAUUCUGUGAUUAGAAACUGCCUGUAACAAAUGUUUGGCUUCAGUCUAUAUAUAAUAAACUCUGUAACUGGCAGUGCUGAGUAAGCAAAGAACAGUGACAGCACUGAACUGUUUCAAACAACUCUAGAUUCUUUUAAUGUCAUGUUCUUCCCGGUUUGCCCACUCAAUGUUCUUUUUAGAGCGAGUGUGGUUUUAUACUAUAGUGACUCAACGCUUGUUUCAUUUGAGUUCUAAUUUUUGUACUUCUGUUAUAUGGGUUUGCAGUAAUGGUUCUCCCCAAUUGUUGUCGCCCCAUGAUCCAAAUGUUGGCUGUUCUCUUCAACUACUACUUAAAAAACCUUGAGAGGGAUCCCAACAGAACCUGAAAGCAGUUGUUCUGGUUGGUGAUGAAGGACUGGUUGGGGGAGGCAGGAGAGAGUGCAAAGAAUGGACAGAUGAUGAACCUCUCAGGCACUAUUUUCAAUGUCUAUCCCCCCACCUCCAAGUUUCUGCUGUUAGAUUCCCCUUCUUUUCUCUUUUCCCUGAUCCCUGGGCACCUUCUGAAGAUUUAUGUUACUUUUUGUGUGAUGCUGUGCUGAGCCCUAAGUGUGUUUUUGAGUAGGAAAAUUGUGUAUUUCAGAAUGUAUGUGAGGGAAAUACUUCAAAUCUAUUCUGUUCUGAUUGUCCCAUACUCCUUUUAAACUGUGCACCAUUUAAAUUUUACUAACAAUAAUGUAAUUUGGACUCAAUAAUAGGUUAUUCAAGCUCAACAGUAGCCUGUAUUUAUUUUUUUGCAGAUGCGCCAAGGCUGCUUUCUGGUGAAUACAGCUCGUGGAGGACUGGUUGAAGAGAGAGCCCUGGCUCAAGCCCUAAAGGAAGGGAGAAUCAGAGGGGCAGCAUUGGAUGUGCAUGAGUCAGAACCCUUCAGGUAACAACUCCACUAUUGCCCUGUACUGCUGCCAGCCUAUACCGGUUUUCACCUCUCCUUCUCCAAGUGUUAGGGCUGCCAGAGAUCAUAAUAAAAAAAAAUGCCCCUUUCUCUACAUCACAGCUUUGCGAAUGGACCCCUCAAAGAUGCUCCCAACGUGAUCUGUACUCCUCACACAGCCUGGUAUAGUGAACAGGCCUCCAUUGAAUCUAGAGAGGAUGCAGCUAAGGAGAUCCGAAGAGCCAUCACAGGUAGCUCUGCUUUUGCUUCAGAGAUUGUUUCACUGGGAUAGGUCUAUACAAUUGUUGUGAUGGAGCUCCUUGCCUAAUUGGUGGAGGUGAAAAUUAAGUCACUGGAUUAGUUCUUUAUCUUUUUAGACCACUUAGGCCUGGCAUCCCCAACCUGCGGCCCUCCAGAUGUUUUGGCCUACAACUCCCAUGAUCCCUAGCUAACAGGACCAGUGGUCAGGGAUGAUGGGAAUUGUAGUCCAAAACAUCUAGAGGGCUGAAGGUUAGGGAUGCCUGAAUUAGACUGUUCUCCUACCCUGGUGUUUGGGAGAUGUUUGGUGCUGUUUCAACAUGGAGUGAUGCCUUGGAGGAUUUUCUUGACAGCAGUCAUGUCUAAUGACAUUGGUGCACCUAGAAACUGCAGUUGAGGGAAUUGUUUCUCAUGAACACUGUGGAAGUACAAGCAAUUUUUUCUUGCACUACACCAUUCUUAUUUUUCAUAUUAUAUUUGUGGAUCUAUCUUGCAUCCUAUAUACAAAAUAGAGAAGCAGUUAGGGUAUCUUUCCCCUGUGACAUUUGGGUGUAAAUAACUUUGGCAUUAGCAUCUAAUAUACCUCUGUAUAUUUUGACUUUGUUUUAGGUGUCAUACCUGAUCAUUUGAGGAACUGUGUUAAUAAGGAGUACUUGCUUUUAGCAGCUCAGUGGUCCAGUAUUGACCCUGCGGCUGUGCAUCCAGAGCUUAACGGAGCUGCAGCUUACAGGUGAGAUGUGCAUGCAUUCUUACCAAUAGCUUUUUGCACAGGUUGCGUAUGCAUCAGGUCUCAAAAGGAUUGUAUUCAGAAAAUUUAUCUAGCUUUGUGAGACUGACCCAGCCUCCCUGUCCACCUUUCUGGCAGCAAACUCCUUUGAAAUAAAGCUGCAUUGCUUUGUAGAUUGUAGCUCUUGAACAAAGAGCACCAGCCCAGGUUAGCCAGAGGGCUUCAGGACCUUUGUUCAGAUGGGUUACUGGCUAGGCACCCUUGUAAUGAUUUUAAUAUGUAGCUCUACCCCUGCAGCAAUUAAGACAAACCUGCUUCGGAGGAUAGUGGCCAGAGGAUUGUGUCCUGAUAAACACCAAGUUAAAGCUGUAAUAGAAUUUACUGUAAUGCCAUUUCCUACUAACCUUCACUUAAUUACUUAAUUUCUGAAUGCCUUUUAUAUAAUGUCAGUGGAAACUUCAAGGAAACACUCACCCUGGAUUGUAAUCACCCUGUGCUUUCUUUUUUGUGGCAGGUUUCCUCCAGGAGUAGUGGGAGUAGCAGCCACAGGGCUCCCAGAGCCACCAGUAGAGGGGAUUGUACCUCACGGUAUUCCCUCUGUGUCUCACUCUGCACCCCAUACCCCUUCUCCGGGAGAGUCAAGCAAAUUGGAGCCAGACAGAGAAAUCUCCACUGACCAGUAGCAUCUCUGUUCUCUUUAUUCCCCCAUGAGAAAGCAGGGAAUGCCUCCAUUUUUUUUAGGACAUAUUGUGAUCCCUGUGGACUGUUUCCUGUUCGCACCGGACAGGAGAAUGCAUUUCAUUGUUGGCAAAUUCUAGCUCUUGCCUUUAAACAGAUAUUUUAUAUCAGAUUUAGUUUAAAUCUUUUGGUGAAUCUUUUUCCUUAUCUGGGGCAAUGAAGCAGUGACUUUUCACCCUCUUGGUAAUGUUUAGUUUUAACAUGCAGGUUUCCUUGCCCCUGCCUCCACUGUGUGAUAUAUGGGGAAACAGUACCUGAGUAGAAUACUGAGGAUUCCAGAACAAGACUGGUGUGAAUUUAAGGUGGUUUCUUAGGUUGAAGGUCAGCAGAGUUUCAGGUACAAGGGGCAAAGUACACUGUAAUGGGGAGGGAAGGUGCGCAUGUAGGUUUGCUUGGUAGGAAGGGGAGCCCUGGCUCAGUUGUGGGCAUUUACUGCUUUGGCCUGCCUGUAUGCUGUUAACUGAUGUGCUUGGUGGGUGAUUUGCUCCUAGGAUGCUGGGGGUAAGUAAUUAUACGAACCAGAGUGAAUUGGAAAUUCUGCCUGGAAUCUUAUUUGUGUUUCAAGACGUGCAGAGAAUUUGCAUCGACCGCCAAGAUGCUUGUGAAGUUACAGGGAGGAAGAUUCAACUGAGAUUUGGGCCCAGCUCAGGGAAUGAGGAGUCAGCUCCAUAUAGGGAGGCAGAAGGCGUUUCAGAACUCAAGGUGUCAGGUUACAUAAAUGCCUGCUCUUUGCACAAUUAUUAGUGCAACUUUGCUACAAUAAGAUGAUUAUGCUGAAAUCCUAGAACUUAACUUGGGACCUAAGUCUCGUUGACCUGUCUCUUAACACGCAUCAAAGGCCAAGCCAGGAUUGUUCCCCCUUAUUUUUGUUUAGUAUGAAAUGUCCCAGGUGUGUGCGUGCUGAAUUUUCAAGUUCUUUACUUCAACCCCUUUCUCUGAAUUGAGUCCUUGUCUUGCAAAAACACCAACCAACAGAAUUCAUUCUCAAAACCUACGGAUGGCCACACAGAUUCUUCUUGGGGAGAAAUAGUUGGUCUGUGGCAAACUAUGGCAGUUGCCUUUUAAAAAACAACAACAGAGGUAUGUUUUAACCAAGGCAUUUAAACCAGAUUUAAAGGCAGAACUAGUGCUGUACAUUGUCUCUUAUGAGGUGAAUAAAUUCUUAUUCCCUGGCACUGUCCACACAGCAUAUAGUUCAUAAUGAAACAAAGUAUUUAUUAUUGUUGGAGGAUAGCCUUGUCAUGUUGCUUGGACUUUACAGAACUCUUUGACUAGGAAAAUGUUAUGGCUUAUAAUCAAACCGCCUAAGUAUUAAGCUCAGAAAACAAUUGGGGGUGAAGAAUAGGAUUUUUUUGUUGUAAUCAGAAUUCAACUUUCCCUUGUUUUCUUCCAAACAAAAUGCCAGCCAGGCAACCUGGGAACUGGGUGGAGUAGAAACCUCAUCCUAGAUCUUGCUUACAACUGAACAUUGAUAAUGGGCUAGCAUGUCCCCAAGCAUCCCAAUUUCCCAAGACUGCCUGCAAAUAUUGGCAGGAUGUCUUCAAUGCCAAGUGCUAACUGACAGGUGUACAGAGAAUCCCUUUAAAGUGAGGGAAGCGCUGAGCAAGAAAAAUCUUACUUUUGUAUUGUGAGAUGGUAUAUGGUGCCCUUGUAGUGUGUGCUUUGUUAGAAUGUGAGUUGGAAGUGUUUGGUGUAAUGUAGGCUCUGGUAGUGGGGGAGGCACAAUAGCUUUAUAAUCUCUUGGAUGAUUAUGACUUCAUGUUUAAAAUUCACAUACCUCUUGGGUCGCUCAGGGUUUUUAGCAGUCUGUGCACGGGGGGGCAUGCUAACAGAUGUUAGUGCUAAGUGUGUGGCAGUAAAUGUGGGGAACCUUUGAGUGAAGGCUUCACCUCUGAAGCAAUUUAACUUGGGGCAAAAAUAACAGUUUCAGCUUUUUAUUUGAUCUGCAUACUAAUUGCUCUAACCAACCUGAAAACUGGAAUGCAUUGCCAUUUGGGUUGUUGCAAAUGUAACACAAUGCUGGCCUUUAACUUGGGUUAAAGAAAAUGGGAGUAGCCUGUGUGACAAGACACUUCCUCACCCCUUCCUUUCUCCUGUGUAAAUUUCCUGUGCCCGCACCAUUCCCCACCUUCAGUUCCAAAAUCUAGGUUCACGUCUGUGUUAAUCAAGAUUAACAUUGCUCAGACCUAACUCUAAACAAGGGCAAAGAGAGCUAAAGGAAUGUAUCUGUGAGAGGAGACGGAGAUGUGAUCUUAUUGUUUGCUGUUGAUCUGUUGGCCUGAGCCAAGGGCCAGAAUUGUGUCUGCACCAGCCCUUGAAAAACUCUGCUCUCUGUAGUGGGCAAACUAGCCAGCUGUGAGGUGGGCUGCAUGUAUUACAUUUCACAAUCUGUUGAGGAGAAAAUCCCAAUCUACAAAACAUUCACACAUUGCUGAUGUGCCUCAGAUAGCCAUAACAUUAGGUGCUACUCCAGAGGGCAGUUCAGGGUUGUGUGUAUUCUCCACCAACCUCCCCAUUACACAGCACUCAAAAUUCUGAUUCAUAAUAAUAUAAAUGUGCAUAUUCUGCUUCCAAUAGACCAUCAUGUUUAGGGUAUUUUUACAGAAACGGCAGGGAAUUGUAGAGAAAUUGGGAUUAGUGAGAAAGACGGUAGGAAAUAGCCAUUGAGGAAGAGCAGGGAAUUGCAGGGCUCUGGUGCCCUGCCACUCUGCCUUUUAGUUUCUUGUACUUUACUCAACAUUAGUUAUGCAUUGUCAAGCUGUUGGCUACGACCAUAAGAGCAGGAAUGUGCUUUAAAAAAUGAAAGCUGAAAUUCUCAGGAUACCAGGUUUGAUUAGAUUUCAUACUUGGAUAGGAGAUACUGAUGUAUUUCACUGUCCUGUUGCAACCCAACUAAUAAGUUCUGUCAACCCAUGGGUUGAGCAUUCCUGCAGUGGAGAAUAGGAUGCCUAUUGCCCCAAUGUCACAUUGUAUUACAAGCAGAGAAAAUCAGCAAUGUCUUUUGCUCAGCUUGCUGCUGGCAAUUCCUAAAUUCUGUUUGUAAGAUUUUUUGAUCAAGGUCCCCAGUUGUGGGAUUGCCCAGAGCCUGUUCAUCUUGCCUGUUUCAGGGAGUAGUGUAAGAUACACUUAAUUAAAAGUGGCAACCAUAUAUUAGUAAGCAAAAUUAUUUUUUACACAUGAAUACCUCUAAAGACUUAUCAGGUAAAAACCUCCAUAAGGAGAGAAAUUGGGAAGAUCCCAGCUGGCUAGCACUGAGCCUUUUGUUUUGUAGAAACCGUGCUGAUUGGCAUACUAGAAAUAGAUAAAUGAUAAGGUUGUGUCAGUCUCUGAAUGCUGGUGAACAUUGUAUAAGCCUUAAGCCCUCAAAGAUAGCCAGUAUUACCUAGACCUACAUUUGGGAAUUAAAACAACUUUGAAACUGCCAGAGUGGCAUCGCUUGAGGAUCCAGAUCAGCUUUGAGACUCCUUAGCUAAUCAAGGGGUUUUUCCCCAGAAAGCAGGAUGGGCCAGGUGCUGAUGAAAGUGCUCCAGUUGCACAUCAUGGUAUAUUUUUGGUUCAGACUAGCAGUUGCCACAAGAAAGGGUAAUGCUAAAGUGGAGUCUCUCUCCUGACACUACACAUUGGUUCAGUGACCCCUUCUCACAUGUAUAGAUGUGAAACUCCUUGCUCCAAGUUUUAUGCAUGCUGGAGGAAGUAGACUUCCUUCAGAAUUCAUGUGGAGCUUAAUCCCAAAGAACAUUUGUUCCUAACGUUGAGGCAGGAGUGUCCUGGGUCAUGCCCAGCUUAUCUGCAGGAGGAGCUCACUCUGUCCUAAGGUAUAUUCUGCUUGUCAGGUUUGCUGUUGCUGACCAGCUUUUUUUAUAGAGGACUCAGAGUUUCAGAAAUAUAUUUUUGUAGCCAAUAACUAAACUGUGAAACUUAAACAAUAAAGCAUGUAAAAGCAUUUCCAAUGAUGUUUCCUGUACAGAUGUUUCUCCCUUCAACUCUCUCCUGGCUUUUGUUAGAAGUUUGACAGUUUCUUUGAUUAUAUUUUAAUAAAUAUUUCCUUUAUGGUCAUGUGGGUUU